AUGUCUCAAAAGAAACUCAAAAUUGCGAGUCUGGGCAGCUCCUUUGCUGCUGGUCCUGAUAUCCCCCCACAAAUCGAACCAAAGGCCGCACUGCGAUCAGGACAGAAUUACCCCCAUCUUCUGGCGCAGCACUUGGACGCUGACCUCACUGAUCUGUCGGUUUCUGGUGCAACGUUGCUCAACAUAACAGUCGAUCCACAGUCUACCGCGUUCAACGUGACCUUCCCACCGCAAAUCACCGACCUCCCCGAAGAUGCUGAUAUCAUUACCGUGACUGCUGGAGGAAAUGACAUAAACUACAUCGGUGGCAUGAUCGCCGAUGCUUGUGAUGCCGAGCUCCAAUCAUCUGCACCAUUAUCACCCAGCGAAUUAGCAGAACGGCUAGCGGGAGUUAUCGAUCAGAUACACAAACGAGCUCCGGGAGCUCGAGUCUACCUUGUUGAAUAUCUUGCUGUUCUGGGACCUGGCACUCAAGCUGGUCGGGAUAUCCCGCUGACCGAGGAGAAAAUUCAGCAUUACCGUGGUGUUGCGUCUGAUCUACAACAUGCGUAUUCUGUCGCUGCGGAAGGUCGAACCGAUUGGUGUGAGACGGUCCCAAUUCACCAACUCAGCCAAGAUCACACACUUGGAAGCAGUGAACCAUGGGUUGGGGGAUUCAACGUAGGACCUCUUCUCCAUCCGAACCUUGAUGGAAUGAAGGCCGUAGCGGGAGUUCUAGCCGAGGUUGUCCGCAAGAACACAUCGUUCAAAGCAUCGUUGUGA